AUGAAUUAACCAAUAAGUGAAAUGUUACAAAAGGAAUUGAUAGAGUGCAAGAAACUAUUUGAUGAUAAAAUAGAUAUAAAGAUUCUUAAUAAUGAUAGUUGGUAAAUUAAAAUAAAAGGUCCAAAAUUUGGUCCAUAUGAAAAUGGCUAAUUUUUUUUACAUGUUAAAUUUCCUAAAGAAUUCCCUAAAGUUCCACCAAAACUUCGUAUAUUGAAUAAAAUAUAUCAUAUGAAUAUCAAUCAAUAAGGUUUUAUUGCUUUAAAUACAUUAAAAAAAGAAUGGUCAGAAAAUAUUAGUGUAAAAUAAAGUAAAUGAGUAUUAAUACUUUUGAGUGCUAGAAGAAAUUUUAAGCCUUUUUUAAAAACCAAAUAUCUAAAACCCAUUAAAUCUUAAAUUAGCUUAGCAAUAUUAAGAGAAUGCUUAAGAAUAUUUUGAAAUGGCUUAGAAAUGGACUUAAUAAUAUGCUACAUUUAUUGAUAUUAAAAUUGAUUGA